AUGGCUGUGUCAUUGAUCAUUAUUGUUUUGUGUCUUAUCUCAAACAGUUAUGCAGAAGAAUGUCCAGCCAAAAAACCAAUUGUAUUUAUUCCAGGUAUUCUAGCUUCAAUAUUAGAAGCUGAAGUGGAUAUUGCUGAUAUUUCCCAAACCCCUUUACCAAGUGAUUGUGAUACUCAUCUUGAUUAUCAAAGAUUAUGGAUUGCUUUAAAAGAUUUAAAUCCUUUUAAUAAUGAUUGUAUUUUAGGAUAUCUUACUCCAACGUGGAACUCAGAAACUAAAGAACAAAUUGAUAUUGAAGGAGUCAAUAUCCUUUCUCCUAAAUUUGGAAGUACAUAUGCAUGUGAUGAAAUUGAUCCUAAUUUUCCAUUAUCCAUAUUUGCAAAAUGUUUUCAUGAUUUAAUUAAGAAAUUUAAGAAAUUAGGAUAUGUAGAUGGAGAUAAUAUGGUAGGAGCAUCAUAUGAUUGGAGAUACUAUAGAUAUGGAGAAUAUAAACAUAAAAGAAAUUGGUUUGAAGACACUAAGGAAUUAAUAAUUAACACAUAUAAUAAAUAUGGAAAAGUAGUUGUUAUUUCACAUUCAAUGGGAGGAUUAAUGUUUUAUAAAUUUUUAGACUAUGUAGGAAAAGAAUUUGCAGAUAAAUACAUUGAUAAUUGGGUUGCAAUGUCAACACCAUUCCUUGGAUCAGUUAAAUCUAUUGCAGCAGCAUUUCCAGGAAAUAAUCUUGGACUUCCUGUUAGAGCAUCAAAAAUUAGACCAUUUGCAAGAAGAACAGAAACAGUUGCAUUAUUAUUCCCAAUAGGAGGAACAAAAAUAUUUGGAGAACAAACAUUAAUGAAAAUUAAAUCAACAGGAAAAACAUAUAAUGCAGAUGAGUUAGAAGAAUUAAUUAAAACAUUAGAUGAUCCUCUCUUCCAAGAAAAUUAUCUUCAUGGAGUUCAACAUGGAAUGAAAGAUUUAUAUGAAAAAUAUAAUUAUAAAUUACCAUUCCCUAUUAAAAUGCAUUGUUUAAUAUCAUCAGGACAUGAAAGCAUUGAUGGAGUAGAAAUGGAAAAUGAAAGUUAUGAUAGUGACAGUAAACUUUUAUAUAGUGAUGGAGAUGGUACGGUUAAUUUGAAUUCAUUAGAAUUUUGUCAAAAUAUUGGAGCAGAGACAUUUGAGAAUUUAGGAAAAUAUACACACACAGGAAUAUUAGAUAGUAAAGCAUCAUAUAAAGCAGUUUAUCCUUUUGUUUGCAAUUGA